AUGGAAUCCCUCUCCCGGAUCUCCACCCUCCUCGAGACCGCCCGCGACCUCACCCUCGAAGCCGCGCAAUCCGCCUCCAUCACCGCCUCCGCCCGCGCUCUCCCCACGCCCUCCCCCACCGCCACCAAAAAACUGCUCAACUCCCGCCUCGACCGCGAGGUCCUCGACGGGCUGCGUAAAGUCAUCUCUAUGAUGUCCCACGGCACCGACUGCAGCCCCUUCUUCGCCGACGUCGUCAAGAACGUCGCCUCCCCCACCCUCGAGAUCAAAAAACUCGUCUACAUCUACCUCCUCCGCUACGCCGAGUCCGAGCCCGACCUGGCCCUCCUCUCCAUCAACACCAUCCAAAAAGCCCUCACCGACCAGUCGCAGCUCGUGCGGUCCAUGGCCAUCCGCGUGAUGGCCGGGAUCCGCGUCCCGGUCAUCUCGCAGAUCGUGGCGCUCGGCAUAAAGCGCUGCGCGGCCGACAUGUCGCCGUAUGUGCGCAAGGCCGCCGCCGUGGCGAUCCCAAAGUGCUAUCGGCUGGACCCGGGCACGCUGCCGGCGCUGAGGGAGUGCUUGGGCGGGCUGCUGGGGGACCGUAGCUUCUAUGUGGUGGGGGCGGCGGUCGUGGCGUGGGAGGGGGUUUGUCCGGGGAGGUGGGAGCUGCUGCAUGGGCAUUAUAGGGCGCUCGCCAGGAUGCUGAUUGAUAUGGAUGAGUGGGGGCAGCUGGCGGUGCUAAGGGUGCUGACGGGGUAUGCCAGGGCGAACUUUCCCGCGAGGGAGGUGAAGGGUAAGAAGGCUGCGGGGGCUGGGGCUAAGGCUAGGGAUGGGGAGGGGUUCUACUCGGAUGAGAGUGGGGAUGAGGACGCGCGCGGGAGGAAGGGGAAGGUAGCGGCCGCGGCUAUGGAUGCGGACCUUGAGCUUCUCCUCCGCAGCUGCAUCCCAUUGCUACAGAGUCGGAACAGCGCUGUCAUCGUCGCCGUCGCCCGCCUCUACACGCACCUCGCGCCCGCCUCCUCCCUCCCCACCGUCGCCGGCCCGCUCAUCUCCCUCCUCCGCGCCCCCACCGACAUCCAGUACAUCGCCCUCCUCAACAUCGUCUCCAUCGCGCUCAAAACACCGCACCCCUUCACCCCCUACGCCACGCACUUCCUCGUCCACGCCUCCGACCCCCCGCACAUCUGGAAGCUCAAGCUCGAGCUCCUAACCCUAAUCUUCCCCCUCACCCCCACACGCACCAAAAACUUAAUCCUCAGCGAACUCGAAUACUUCGCACACACGCACGACCCCGCGCUCGUCCGCGAGGCCGUCCGCGCCAUCGGCCGCUGCGCCCAAAGCGAGACGCGCAACGCCGCCCGCUGCCUCAAGCUGCUGAUGCGCCAGGUCGAGAGCGGCACCGGCACGCUCGUCGCCGAGAGCCUCACCGUGAUCCGGCACAUCAUCCUGCAGAACCCCGCCGCGCACGCGCGCACCGUCGUGCGGCUCGCAAAGGCGCUCGACACGGCCGUCAACCCGAGCGCGCGCGCAAGCAUCAUCUGGCUCGUUGGCGAGUUUGCCGGGUCGAACGGCGGCGAUAAUGUGGCGGCGGAUACGCUACGGCUGCUGGCGAAGACGUUUGUGCUUGAGGGCGAGGCGGCGAAGUUGCAGAUUGUGUUGUUGGCCGCGAAGGUGUAUGCGCAUUACUUGGACCGCACGCAGUCGGGUGCGGUGCGGGAGGGCGGCAGUGAGGAGGGGGAGGGGGAGGAGAAGCAUCCCGUUGCGCUGCUGUUUGGGUAUAUCACGCUGCUGGCGCGCUAUGAUUUGAGCUACGACCUCCGUGAUCGUGCACGACUGUACAAGUCGAUCCUGUCGACGCCGUCCUCGACGCCGCUUGCGACGCUGCUGCUGCUCGCGCCGAAGCCGACGCCGCUGGCGCCGUCGCCGUCGAGUGGGCGCGAGAAGUAUACCGUUGGCUCGGCGGCGAUGGUGGUGGGCGAAGGCGAGGACGUCGGUGGGUAUGAGCCGCUCGAGGACUGGGUCAGCAAGAGCAGGGCGCCGAGCCCGAGUGUCAGGGACGUGCCGGUGGAGGGCGAGAUGGAGAAGCGCGGGGUCGUGGUCAUCAAGAAGAGUGCUGGCGGAGGCCACAGUCCUGGGAUGGCAGCGACGCCGGAGAGGAGUCCCGUGUGGAGGCCGGAGGGCGUGAAGGCGCAGGUCAAGGAGAAGCCGGAGACGUUGGAGGACUUUUUUAAGGAGAGUGAGGAGGAGGCGAGUGAGGAGGAGACCGAGGAGGAGGAGAGUGAGGAGGAGAGUGAGGAGGAAGAGGACGAUGAUGAUGAUGAGGAGGAGGAGGAGGAGGAGGAGGAGGAAAGUGAAGACGAAGGCAAUGAGGGGUCGAAAUUAUUAACGCAGGACAAAUAA